GAGCUGCAAGGAGUGGCGGCGGAGGAGAGGCAGCGCAUGAGCGACCGAUGAAAGUGCAUGAGAGUGCUAAAGAGGAAAGCAGGUCGAAGAGUGAACAUAGAGGAGGGAAAGCGUGAAAGCGAAAGAGAGAGGUGGAGCACCAAAAAGAGGAGAGAGAUUUGUUGGCUUGCAUCUUCUAAAAACUGAGCCAGACACACAGAAAUCAUGACCAACAUCACAACUACUGCUCAUCCAAAUAAUCUCCCACUGCGAGAAGAGGGAGUCCCUCUGUCUCUCGUCUCCUUUCAGGUCCAGGAAGUCUACCCAUUUCAUGAUGGCUGGAAUGUGGCGUGUUUCAUCAUCCUUCUGCUUUUUAUUCUCACUGUCCUGUCCUUGGCAGCCUUGGCUGUGCUCUAUGAGCUGCUGGACUGUGGGUGCUGCGCCAAAGGCAAAACACACCACCAGUUACAGGAGGAAGGGCCAGGAAGCUGCAGCAAGCUUAUGACUAGCAUGUGCAAGGAGCCAGAAUCCCACACUGAGGUGGUAUAGGGGCAGCAAGGAUGAAGACAAGUUGGAAUUUGGAUAUCAUUGCUCAGUUGAACAAUACCACAGUACUGACUCAGAUUUUCUCAAAAAUGAACUUUAAAAUAACCCAAAAAGUAGUUCAGUUGCUCACAAUUAGGAGGGAAUGCUGGUGACCGAACAGUGUAAAUUUAUCUUCACACAUCUACAGCCGACCCCAAAAGCCAUAUUUUACUCCUGAAAUACUACCAGAAGGGAGAGCACCUGUAAAGGUACUAGUGACAUGGCUUAAAAACACAAAUUUCCAAUACUUAAAGUGCCCAUGUUAUGCCCUUUGAGCUGCUCCCUUAUAAUUUAGUCCACUUUAUUUUGUGGCUGUAAAAGCUUUGUUAAAAUAAAAAGUUCAAAGUCGAUUCCAAAUCACUUAUUUGUGACAAAACACUGCUGCUGCUAUCAUUUCCUUGCUAGAGAUAAUUCUAAUAUUACUUCUAUUUUUAUGGCAAUAUUGUCCAAACAACAGAAAAUCCCCAUGUGUUUAGUGUUGAAGUAUCUUGAGCUCCCAUCUGAUUGUUUCCAUCAUCCUCUCUCUGCUUACAGAAAUUGUCUCCUAAUGUAGCAGAAUUUCCAAUAAAGCUGUCCUCAUUUUCAGGUGUAAACCAAUAAAACCUGACAAAGUAGUGACACAUUCACAGCCUGUUAACAUAACCCAGAUGUCAUUUUCAAGCCAUUUUUCCACCCACUGCUCUGGAUGGCUUAGGUCCUCAUGCUACAAAAGAAACACUGGCUGACAAAAAUAAGCUAAAUAACUCUGCUGUACCUUACAAGACAAAGAGAGAACGUUUGAAGCACACAAAUGUCUUUCCAAGGCUAAAGCUUUUCUGUUAGCAGCUGACAACUAGAGAGAUAAUACUGGUAAACAAAGUUGCCUCACGUCUGUCAUACAAACUGACUUUCAGAACAGACUGUGGUGUUUGGGAGGGAAGCCCUAAAAGAGACAGGAGUGCAACGGAGGGUAAAAAGAGGUGAUGCCGCAGUGUCCAGUAUAAUGAAACUAAUACAAGUUUUGCAAAUUAACCCCUUAAUGCUUAGUGUAUCAUAUUUGAUACAUACUGUUUUUUGUAGUUUCUGAGACUUGUACAUCACCGGUGUCAUUUUUUUUCCUCCUGAAAAACCUAAAAAAAAAAAUUGCACGAUACAUUUUUAAGCAAUAAAUUGCAAAAAAAAAAAAAAAAAAAGUGGCAAAAUGUGGCAAAUAUGACACAAAUAAAAAAAAUGUGUAAAAAUUAAUGUUUAAGUAUUUUGUACAAUUUGUGAGGAGAUUAAAUAAACAUUCAUUUUUAAGAAAAUUAGAAUUUUCUGGCAAUUAUUUCAUAAUUCAGGCAUUAAGGGGUUAAAGCAUGUCAGUGUGUUUUACAAGCACAGGAUACACAAAGUCUAAGCUGAUGACCCCUGCCAGUCCAAAUCACCAGGACAAUGGUUAGCUGAUGGAUAUCUUUAGGCUACUUUUCAUCAUAUGCAGAUGAGGCCAAGUGCUAUUCAGUUAUAUGUUACUUUGUCUUCAUGCUGGAAAUAAACUCCCAUGUGUCUCCAAGUCUGCCUCUUCUGUCCUCCUGUGUACAGAGCUGCACUGAGCAGCUCAUCUCUUAUCUGUGUAAUAUAGUGGGUGGCUAGUGCUACAUCAAUAAAGUGUAAUGGUUAAUUGUAAUGAACACUCUGCCAGUACGUCUAACAGUUUUCCUGGAGACCACGCUGUAUAUAAUCUUAUUCUAGUAGACCACCAAAACAUAUUUACGAGCUUGUAAAGGGGCAUGAUACGGGGACUUUAAUAUAGGUUGUGGCAGAAUGUGUUGCAUUAAGUCGGCAUUUUCUUUGUUUUGACUCUUUGGAAACUACUUAUAAAGUUGCAUGGCCAAAAUAUGGUGACGAAAAAAAAAAAAAAAAAAAGGUUUAAAAAAAAAAAAAAAAAAGAAAAACCUUAUCUGACCCUGCUGUCAGGGGGUUGAAAAAAACAAGCAUUCCUGUUCAGCAACAACUACUGUGUGACUGCUAUAAGUUUUUUGUGACCUAUUAGAUGCAAUGAGUUUCUUCAAGACAUGUUUCUGAAAUUGCUGUCCUAAUCUUAUGACAACAUUAUCUGUUGAUCAAGCUCAGUCAGACAUCAUCAUUGCUUUGGAUAAAGCUGGUGUUCUUCAGUAAACUGUAAGCCAGUGUUGUCAACAUGUUUAGCACUGCAACAUUAUAUCAUGACAAGUUCGCAUGCUGUACAGUGAUGUACUGUAUAAUGUUGUAUUGAGCACGAUGUGUGAUAUCAUGCCUUACCACAAA